AUGCAUUUCACCACCACCCUGGUUGGCCUCGCCAGCCUCGGCCUGAACAUCUUCCCUGUCCAGUCUGCAGCGGUUCCCGCCGUUGAUUUGUCUCGCCGCGCUGAUGAGCCAAUUGCCAAUGUCCAUCGCUCCGACGCAGCCGAGAAGCGCCACUUUUAUCGCCUUGAUCAAGACGAGGCCACGGUCGAGAAUCGCCACUUUUAUCGCCUUGAUCAAGACGAGGCCACGGUCGAGAAUCGCCACUUUUAUCGCCCUGAUCAAGACGAGGCCACGGUCGAGAAGCGUGACUUGUCUGGUCAGGAUCUCAACGCGGCCGCAGUCGAGAAUCGCCACUUUUAUCGCCUUGAUCAAGACGAGGCCACGGUCGAGAAUCGCCACUUUUAUCGCCCUGAUCAAGACGAGGCCACGGUCGAGAAGCGUGACUUGUCUGGUCAGGAUCUCAACGCGGCCGCAGUCGAGAAUCGCCACUUUUAUCGCCUUGAUCAAGACGAGGCCACGGUCGAGAAUCGCCACUUUUAUCGCCCUGAUCAAGACGAGGCCACGGUCGAGAAGCGUGACUUGUCUGGUCAGGAUCUCAACGCGGCCGCAGUCGAGAAUCGCCACUUUUAUCGCCUUGAUCAAGACGAGGCCACGGUCGAGAAUCGCCACUUUUAUCGCCCUGAUCAAGACGAGGCCACGGUCGAGAAGCGUGACUUGUCUGGUCAGGAUCUCAACGCGGCCGCAGUCGAGAAUCGCCACUUUUAUCGCCUUGAUCGAGAUGAGGCCUAA